AUGACAAAGGUCCUUCACACCCAGCCUCAAUUCCAAUUUCCAACCUCCAUGAGCCAGGACACUAACUCUAAGCAGGGCUCUCAUCAAGUACACGUUGGCAUCGUCGGGGCGGGGAUCGGUGGCCUGGCGGCGGCCAUUGCAAUGUGCCACGCCGGGGCUCGGGUCACAGUGCUGGAGGCUGCCGAAGAACUUGGCGAAAUUGGCGCGGGCAUUCAGAUGACCCCCAACGUCUCUGUACUUCUUCAGAGAUGGGGCGUGGAUAAGAUUAUCGGUGAUAACCUGGUCCAAUUUGAGGAAUUGAAUAUGCGCCGCAAAGAUGGCACUCCAGUGGGCUUUACCAAGAUCUCGACCAUUGAACGAGACUUGCAGCGGCCCUGGUGGGUGGUUCAUCGAGCUCAUCUCCACGAGGGUCUAGCUACUAUCGCCACCAAAACCGGGACAGAUAUCAAAAUCAACUCGCGAGUCAUCAAAUUAGACUAUGAGACAGACCAGGUGGUUGUGACUACCCAACAGGGUGCUGCGUAUACAUUUGAUCUCUGCAUCGGAGCGGAUGGUAUAAACAGCGUUGUCCGGAAGACGCUGUUCCCCGAUGUCCGCCCUGAGCCCCCGACAACAAACUGCGCAUAUCGUGCCAUUGUACCCUACGAUGAGAUUCGCCAAGAUCCUAUUGCAAAGGAGCUCAUCAAGAAGCUUACAAUGGAGGUGUGGAUGGCACCUGAUUCGUAUAUCAUCACCUACCCAAUCUGCGCAGGCAAGAUGUUCAAUCUGGUCCUGUCACAUCAUCGCCCUGAAAGAUUGCGUGUUACUGAGAACGAUGUUCCUAUCGAAGAGAUGCGAGAGGAGUUCAAGGACUACGAUCCCCGAAUCAAACGUAUCGUCGAUAUGAUCCCGGAAGUGUCGCGCUGGCCACUCAUGGUGACCGGGCCCUUGGAGUCCUGGUCUUCACCCCAGAAGAACGUGGUUCUUAUGGGUGAUGCGGCGCACUCCAUGGUCAACCACAUGGCCCAGGGAGCGGCGACUUCCAUGGAGGACGGAGCUUUCCUGGCCAAGUGUGUGGAAGGUGUCGUUCAAGGAAAGCUGAGCCUACGGGAAGCAGUUGGUAUUUACGAAGCUGAGCGUAUGCCUAAGGCGUACGAGAAGCAACAAGUGUCCUAUAUCAACGGAGCCAUAUGGCAGGUGCCAGAUGGCCCGUUGCAAGAAGGACGCGACGCCGCUAUGGCCUCAGAGCUGCAGGGCAAGUACUUUAUUCGCAGCAGCAAUCUUUAUGGUGAUCCACAGACGGUGCUGGACAUCUAUGGAUACGACGCCGAAGGCCACGCACAGGAUGCGAUCGAAAAACAGCGUCAAGGUGGGAAAGAACCGGCUCACCCUGCGACUAAAGUCACCUCAAAACUGCAGCGCAAAUACAUGGACUGGUUCCUGCCCGCCCAAGGUCGGAAAUCUGCCGAGAAGUUGUGA